AUGUUGUUCACAGCGGCUAUACAGUUGGCGAUGGCAGGCCUGGCCUUGGGGGCUCGUACUCCUCGUGCUGCGGCUGUUUCCAACCCUUCAGGCCAGAAGGUGACCAGUUCGUCAGCAUUCAGCAGCGGAGCAGGCAAUAAUAACAAUGCCAAUAUUUAUGACGGGACCGGAAAUGCUGGAUCAGACACGUAUAGGUGUUAUUAUGGUGGUUGGGAGAGCUUUCCCCCCGUAUCUGAAUGGAUUGAAUUUGACGCCAUGUGGAAUUACUCAAAGAAUGCCAUGGCCGAGGCUUGCGCCGACCUCGGCAUAGGAUCUUGCUCGAAUGGCGCCGGUGCUUUUGGAGCUGGCAACAGCGGAGAGCAGACCGGCUUGAUCUGGAAUGCUAUCCAGCAAGUUGCCCAAACCUCUUUAGUUGAUCAUCGAUUCAUUCUCGCUACAAUUUUACAAGAAUCCAUCGGUUGUGUCAACGUCUGCCCGACUACCAACCCGGAUCCCUCGCAGCCAGACAACCCUGGCUUGAUGCAGUCUGAUGGUGGAGUAACAUUUGUUGGUAAUUCGGCCAGCAAUUCGGCUCAACAAUCUAGUAUUACCCAGAUGGUCAUUGAUGGUACACAGGGGACAGCCUUGGGUGAUGGACUGGUUCAGUGCAUUAACCAAUACGGCAACAUUUAUGAGGCAAGUCAAAGACCACGAGAUUAA